CGAGUGCGAGAGCGGUCGUAACAGUCGUUUGCAAAAAAAAACUCUUUUACUUUACAUUUUCAUAGUUGUUGUUUUAUUUCGUACAUUACUUUGGGAUUAACUAUGUCGACUAUCGGUCAGAUCCAGGAUGAGCUGUACAUCGUAGCAGGCGUCCUCGGAGCCAUAUGUUUCGUCUUGCUGAUAAUGAUAGUAAUUGCUCUAAUAUGGACCUACAGGUUGCGUGUUACCGUGGAGAAACUGAAGGAACGGCUGAUAGCGAGGGCUUACAGGAACGCAGGUCCGCAGUCUGUGGAGGAUUUUGAAAAUCCAAGAAGGUUGCCUCGCUUCGAUAGCCAACCGCCAUUGAAAAAGUUCGUUCCUCCACCGCCGAUGCAGCAACAGCAACAGCAGCAGAACCAGCAUCAGCAUCAGAACGACUGGGGUAACGGCGGUCACGUCAACAAAGGCAUGAACCCAUUAAGCAACAGCCACGAACACAGGGGAUUCCCCGGUGAUUCCCGUUACCCAUCUCGUCCCCGAAACUUGGGAUACUAAAACCGUACUUAAGAGCAACAUGUAUUAUUUAAACAGAUAAACUAUAAUAAUAAGUUUCAAAAGAAAACAUACAAGUAAUUGCACUGAACAACUUGAAGACAUGAUCGUUGUUAUUCAUACUUUUUUUUUGUUGAGCGCUAAUGACUUAGACCCUAAACUUUAGGGUGCUGUUAGCGAUUUUUUUUUAUGCCAAAGGGCGGAGGAAAGAUCGUGCAUUGUUAUAUCCUUUUUGUUAUCCCUUCAGAUUGUUUUUUGUCUUGUUCGUUCCAACUUUUAGUCGACUAAACUAAACCAAUUAGAUCUAGACGUGCGUUGCCGAAAAUAACGCCCUUAUGAACGGAGAGUGACAAAAAAAAACAGGGGGUUGGAAAUAUGUUUUUUUUUAUGUGAUUACAAUUCGACUUUCUGUAUUCGCAAUCGAUUUUAAUUUGUUACUAUUUAACUGAUGAUUCUUGACGUCAAAACUUAAUUAACUAUUGAAUAAUUCUUUAAAAAAUAAUACUGGCGAUAUUUAUUAAGACUCAUUCAGACUGGUUCUUCAAUUUAAAAGAAACAAUUGCACUUAUUUCAUUACUUAUGUGUAUGAGAAAGAAGCUAAUAGAAGAACUUUGAUAUCUUAAAAUUGAAGUCGUAUUGCAAUGAAUACUUAAAUAAAAAAAAAAUGAAUCAAAUCAAUAAACUUAUUUGAUAAUUUUCUUAAAAUUUAAGUUAACGAAAGUCAUUUUCAACAUGUUGUCUCUUUCAAAAGUAAUUUCAUAGAAAUAAUAGUAAUUUUCUUUUAAAUAAACUUAAGAGAGUAAAUGUUUAUAUAGUUUGGUGGCAAAGAAUCAUUGAACAUUAA